AUGGAUAGAAGAAUACUAGGGUUGAAAAUCAAGGAUUCUGAUUAAAUGUUUUAAAUACAAGGCCCUAUCGGAGGGGGAGGAUUCGGUGAGAUCUACGAAGCAUAUGAAAGAGAUGAGGAACAAAAACUCAUAAAAAGUUAUAAAGUUGCUGUCAAAUAACAAGUGAUCUCUAAUUUUAAGAAAGAUGAUAAGGGCAAUGGAAUAGAUUUGGAAAAUUUUAGUAAUGAAAUACUUAGACUGAUUAGAGAAAUAACCAGUCUCUAACUCUGCCAUCCAAGUAUCCUUGAUGCGAAAGAUGCCUUUCUCACUGAAAAGAAUCAAUUCAUUAUUGUCAGUGAGCUAGCAGAUAAAAAUUUAGGAAAGUUCGUUCAAGAUAGAAAUGCCUCUAAAUAGUAUUUAAGUGUUUCAGAAAUUUCUUCAAUAAUGCUUCAAAUUUUAGAGGGAUUAGAAUGUAUCCAUGAAAAUGGCUUUAUACACAGGGACAUUUCACAUGACAAUGUAUUAGUUUUCAAAAAUGAUUUUGUAAAGAUUUGUGAUCUAGGCAUAGCUUCAUACGGAAAAUAAACUCAAAUUAAUGCUGGUAAAGAAACUUAUAAAGCUCCUGAGGUUAAAUUAAGUUAGCUUUAUGGUAAAAAUGCUGAUAUUUGGUCUUUAGGGAUACUUCUAUACUAUCUUAUUACAGGAAAUGAGGACUAUUAAAAAAAACCAUUAAACAAUUUUCUUGCUGUUGCCGAGGGAUAAUGGCAAAAAGUUACACUUAAGGAUGGUUACUAUGAAUUCUAAGAAAUUUUCAAUAGCAUGACCGCAUUCAAACCAGAGCAGAGACCAAAUAUAUAAUAGAUGAAAGACUAUUUCAUUAGGCUGAUUGAUGAAUAGUCAAACUAUCACGAGUAUUAGAAGCUUAUCAUGAAACAUUAUUUCUAUUAAACUAAGGAAGCUAUUAAAAUUUAGAAGAGUUAUCUCUAAAAGCAGUCUAAUUUUCACCUUAAAAAUCUCAAAAUCAGGUCUUAUGAUGCAAUUUAAGCUGACAUCAAAGAAUUCUUAAAAGAGUUAAAUUAAUAUAAGGAUAUACUUAUGUCUUCCUAUGAAAAGGAUUUGGUUAAAUUUUGCAAGCUCUAAUCGAUAUCAAUAUAAUAGUAAAAAAAUGAACUCAAAUUCCAGCCCAAAGUUGCAUAAAAUCAUAUUCCAUAUGAAGAAAAAAAGAGUAAUUUCAAUGGAUAUCAACCUCCUAAUAUAAUACCUAAGACAACUGAUGAGAUUGUGGAAUACAAGAAAAACUUUAGAAGAUUAGUUGACAAGCAUGUGAAUCAGACUGGUAAUGUAAACGAACUAGUUAUUAAAUUGAAGGGAAAGUGCAACUUAUUGUACAGAGCAUCUACUCACGGUUUUAAAGCUGAGAAUUUUCACCAAAAGUGUGAUAAUCAAGGUCCCACAGUUUCGUUUGUGUUGAGCGAAUUCGGUCAGGUCUUUGGAGGGUACACAUCUCUCCCAUGGAAAACUCCAGAAGGGCUAUUUUAAGAAUAUCAAGAUGGAGAAGCUUACAUAUUUUAAUUGUCAAAGGGUACUAUUCAUAGGCAAAGUCAAAUCUUUGGUUAUGCAGUAUCACACUAUAAGAAUCAGCUUUUCUCGUUUGGAAUGCUUGAUAUCCAAAUCAAAGAUGAAUGCAAUUUAAAAAGAAUUUGUUAAGCUUAAAUUGGCAGUGGUUAUUAACCUCCAAAGAAUGUAGUAUUUGGCGAUAAGACAUCAUGUGAAUAUUUGGCUGGAGGUAAAUUCUUUAGCGUAUUAGAAAUUGAAGUAUAUUCAGUAAAGGCUGACUGA